AUGUCAGCAUCAGCACCAAGAAUACAAGCCCUAGCAAUCAUCUCACCGCGCAGCGGUCCCAUCUACGUCCGACAAUUCGGCAAGUCCCCUUCAGACCCCACAGCCGCCGACCUCCGAUACCACUACUUCGCACACUCCGCCCUCGACGUAAUGGACGAACGCACAUCCUCUCAAACCCGUACAACCGAACAAUACCUCGGACUCCUUUACACGCUCGAAGACCUUGCCGUAUACGGAUUCCAGACAUGCACACGGUUGCGCUUUUUGUUGAUGCUGCAAUUAAGCGAUCAUGCAGUGAGGGAUAUCGAUAUGUUGACGUUGUUCAGAGCGGUCCAUACGGUUUAUUUGCGGUGGUCGGCUGAUCCUUUCCAUUCCCUACCGCCAAGUAACUUUGCAGGCAAGGAAGAGGAGGGAGAGACGGGGCCGGGGAGAGAGCAAAAAGAGUUGGAGCAGAGGCAAGGGAUGAAUGUGCCGGUCAACUGUCGUCAGAUUAAGAGUGCUGCGUUUGAUGCAAAGAUCGAAAAGAUUGUUUUUGGAAGUUCGAAGACAGCAGCUGGAACACCGAGAGGAACAACGAAUGCAGCCCCGGUAGUAGCUGGUAAGUGA